AUGGAUCAAAAAUCUCAAACUGGGAGCCCCCAGCUCUCCCGUCAUUUGGUUUCGUACUUGCUAUUCUUCUCUGUAAUUUCCUUGACAUGGGCAGUCCUUGCCAAUGGACAAGGCCGUUCAGUUGCAAGGGAACCUAUUUCUGAAACCACCUGCUCUGGCCAACGCUACAGUUACUAUGGCCUAGCUGCCUACGGAUCAGUUUCAUCUAGUGCGACCGAUCGGUAUGGAGAUACCCUAGGUGGGUUUGGAAGUGCGAUUAGCUUCGACCAGUCGUCAUGGAGUAAAGCUCAAGAUGGUUCCUACAAUGGUAUGAUCUGGGCAAUGCCAGAUCGUGGUUGGAAUACGAACGGCACUUUGAAUUAUCAGUCACGCAUUCACAAGUUCUCCAUUCACUUGGAUGGCAUAACUCCAAAUGCCUCCGGUAGUGACAAAAGCCCGCCGAAUAUGCACUUGACUUAUGUUGACUCAGUCCUGCUGACUGGACCGGACGAUGUUCCUAUCACUAGCUUGGAUGCAGAUGCGACCGGGUUUAUAUCUCACGAUGGAUUUCCUCCCCUCCCACGAGCAACCUAUGACGGGGAUGGUUUCGGUGCACCUGGUCUGACCAACCGCCGAAUCGCGCUGGAUUGCGAGGGUUUGGCGAUAGAUCCCGGGGGAGACUUUUGGGUCUCAGAUGAAUACGGCCCAUAUAUCUACAGAUUCUCGAAGCAUGGCAAGAUGCUCUUUGCCAUUCAGCCCCCACCGGCAUUUCUCCCUCUUCGGAAUGGUACAGUCAGCUUUAGCGCAGGAGAGCCGCCAAUGUUUGAUCCGAAUCGAGUUCCCAGUCCUCCUGAUCCCACCGCUGGUCGAGCUAAUAACCAAGGUCUGGAGGGGCUGACUAUCUCGCCCGAUGGAAAGUUUCUAUACGCCAUGAUGCAGUCAGCCAUGACCCAAGAAGGAGGACUAAAGAGAAAGCAUCGACGACAUGCGCGGCUCCUGGUGUAUGAUAUCUCUGAUAAGCUAUCUCCGCAUCUGGUGCACGAGUACGUGGUUACUCUACCUCCUUACGAUACUGGCAGAGGUUCAGAGCCUGCAUUGCAGUCGGAAAUCCUUCGGCUUUCCAAUGAACAGUUCUUGAUUCUUGCCCGAGAUUCAGGCUUCGGACGAGGAGCGGACAACAGCGAGUCCAGGUAUCGCCACGUUGAUGUUAUUUCUACCGUUGGAUCCAAAGACAUUGCCCAUAGUAAAUGGGACUCGGUCAACGGUUCUAUCGCCAGCGCCAAGGGGGUGCUUGAUCCGGAUAUCCUGACGGCGACUUACUGCCCAUUUUUGGAUUUCAACGUGAAUUCGGAGCUAGGUAAAUUCGGGCUCCACAACGGUGGUAGCCAGGAUAAGUUUCUUUUGAAUGAGAAAUGGGAGAGCCUUGCCCUGGUGCCUCUUGGUCAGGCGGAUUCGAAUGAAACCACAGAGUACCUCUUGUUUAGCUUUAGUGACAAUGACUUUAAGACGCAAGAAGGCUACCAAAACUUUGGACGGUUUCGCUUUUCCGACGGAUCUGGCGACAACAUUGAUACACAGAUUUUGGCUUUCCGUAUGAGUUACGAGCAAAGUUCCGCGGUCAGCCACAAGAAUGAGCUGUAA